AAUCCGCACCGUUGUUUCAGAAAAGAGAAAAAUAUACAUUAUACACAUCACAUUACAUUAAUGAAAAAGAAAAAGAACUUCGUUCUGCUUUCUAAUGUUCCCAAUUCAUUCUCCGCUCAAUGAAGCACUAGCAUUUUGAAUCCCCGAUCACAAGUGAGUGCUCUUAAUUUGGGUCAAAGAGUGUGGCAUCGUCAACGAUGGCCUCUUCUGGCUUCCAGCUCCUCAAACGAACCCUUGGAAACCGCUCCACCGCCGCCAGAUUCUUCUCCUCCGUUUCUUCCACUCCGAUCCGUGCCACUCUCUUCCCCGGCGACGGUAUUGGCCCCGAAAUCGCUGAAUCUGUCAAACAGAUAUUCAAAGCAGCUGAUGUGCCCAUAGAGUGGGAAGAGCACUAUGUAGGGACUGAAAUUGACCCCAGAACACAGAGCUUUCUGACAUGGGAAAGUUUGGAAUCAGUUCGGCAAAAUCGGGUUGGCUUGAAAGGGCCAAUGGCCACCCCCAUUGGAAAAGGCCAUCGUUCGUUGAACCUUACCCUAAGAAAAGAACUUAAUUUGUAUGCGAAUGUUCGUCCCUGCUAUAGCCUUCCUGGCUACAAAACUCGGUAUGAUAAUGUAAAUCUCAUCACGAUCCGCGAAAACACAGAAGGAGAGUACAGUGGUCUUGAACAUCAGGUUGUGAGAGGUGUAGUAGAAAGUCUCAAAAUCAUUACACGCCAAGCAAGUUUAAGGGUCGCUGAGUAUGCUUUUCACUAUGCCAAAGAACAUGGAAGAGAGAGGGUAUCUGCUAUUCACAAGGCCAACAUUAUGCAGAAGACUGAUGGUCUUUUCCUCAAGUGCUGUCGCGAGGUUGCGGAGAAGUAUCCUGAUAUAAAGUAUGAGGAAGUUGUCAUUGACAAUUGCUGCAUGAUGCUUGUGAAGAAUCCUGCUCUUUUUGAUGUGCUAGUGAUGCCAAACCUUUAUGGUGACAUUAUUAGUGACCUUUGUGCUGGCUUGGUUGGGGGUUUGGGCUUGACACCAAGCUGCAACAUUGGUGAGGGAGGUAUUGCACUAGCUGAGGCUGUACAUGGUUCAGCACCUGAUAUUGCUGGAAAGAAUUUGGCAAAUCCAACUGCUUUACUGCUGAGUGGUGUUUCAAUGUUGCGCCAUUUGAAUCUCCAUGACAAAGCUGACCGAAUUCAAAACGCCAUCCUCAACACAAUUGCAGAAGGGAAGUAUCGAACUGCCGAUCUUGGAGGCAAAGCAAAGACAACCGAGUUCACCAAGGCAAUUAUUGAUCAUCUCUAAAUUAUGCUCUUGAGUAGGCAAGGAAUUGCUGCUAAUUUUGUUUUCUGCUAAUUUCCUAUUUAUUUUUUCCCGGCUUUUUUUUCGAGGAUUAGAAUUACCUCAUCAUAAUGGAAAAACUCAUUUAAGGGUGUGACCUUAUAACCACAAGGCAUGGGCAAGCCUUUAAUAUUGGCUGCUUAUGCAGUGUUUUGGACUUGAGAGGGUUGGAGUCUCUUACACUUCUAAAACGUACUUUGUCGGAUAACCCUUCUUAGUCCAUUUUAGUAUUCUUUGUCAAUAAUAUAGUUAAAUAAAUGAAGUGCCAUUAGUUUGUUUUUA